GGUGUUGUGGGAGGAGGUGAAGAGGAGGAAGUGACAGCUACACUAUCUAGCUGCUGUUCUACACUCGCUGCUUAACCUGCUCUAAUAUCUGCCUCUACCUGCUCCAGUAGUCUCGAAACGCUAUGGCUCCUAAACAGAGAAUGAGGAUUGCUAAUGACAAAGCCGCUAAGAACGUUACACAGAGAGGGAACGUGCCCAAAACCACGAAAGCUGGCGAUGAGAACUAUCCUGUUGGCCCAUGGUUGCUUGGCCUUUUCAUCUUUGUAGUAUGUGGGUCAGCUGUGUUCCAAAUUAUACAGUCCAUCAGAAUGGGCUGAUUGUCACACUGGGCAUUUAAGCAGGUGGUGCGUCAUAUUGAACUUCUGUGCUCUCCUACCCUGAUUGUUGGCUCCUGAAGUGUGAAAUAUUUAGACUCGGACAUAAAUACAGACCAGAUAACGGAUGGCUCUCUCACGGACACUUGACAUUGGUGGCAGAAUGCGCACAUUCAUCUUUAUUCCUUUCCAUUUAAUGUUAAGUUAUUUGGGUUAAAAUGUUACUUCAUUACUUUUAAGGGAUUUAUAUUAAAAAUAUUUACUUUGGGAUUUUUGCACUAUUCCUUUGGUAUCCACUAUGUAUAUUUGUAUAUAAGGAAUCUAUAUUUAUAUCAAAAUAAAACCCCUAAAGCAAUUGCAGUGGACUCCAUAGCAUAAAUGAUAGCAAAUUUUACAUGUUGCCAAUAAAGUAAUACAGGGGAA